GAGGAGUGGCCCGUUAAUACCUCCGGGCCAAGGCCAGAGCCUGCCAGUCCACUCUCUGCUUCCAUCAGAGCAACCAUGACAUUGAUUAUUUCGGGCAUCCUGUUCUUAGUGCUGCUCCUAUGUCAGGAGCAGGGAGUUACUGGGGUCCCUCCUCAGCCAAGAGGUGCACAGUGUCGGACAAGACCCACAGAUUUGGUUUUCAUCAUAGACAGUUCCCGGAGUGUGCGGCCCAGUGAAUUUGAGCAAGUCAAGGUCUUCUUGUCCCAGGUCAUAGAGUCACUUGAUGUUGGACCAAACGCUACUCGGGUCGGUGUCAUUAAUUAUGCCAGUGCAGUCAAGAAUGAGUUUUCCCUCAAGACUCACCGUACUAAAGCUUCCUUGCUGCAAGCAGUACGGAGGAUUGAGCCCCUUUCCACUGGAACCAUGACAGGCCUAGCUAUCCAGUUUGUCAUCAACAGAGGAUUCAGUGAGGUAGAAGGUGCAAGAGUGAGAUCACCAGGAGUUAACAAGGUAGCUAUUAUAGUAACAGAUGGGCGACCACAGGAUGGUGUGAAGGAUGUAUCAGCCAGGGCAAGAGCUCUUGGGAUUGAAAUUUUUGCCAUUGGUGUGGGCCGCGUGGACAUGCACACCCUGCGGCAGAUUGCCAGCGAGCCCCUGGAUGAGCACGUGGACUACGUGGAGAGCUACAGCGUCAUUGAGAAGCUGACCAAAAAGUUUCAAGAAGCAUUCUGUGCUGUAUCAGACUUGUGUGCCACGGGAGACCACGAUUGUCAGCAGAUCUGUGUCAGCACGGGUGCCUCAUACACAUGCGCUUGUAAAGAGGGGUUCACACUUAACACCGAUGGGAAAACCUGCAGUGCCUGCAGUGGAGGAGCUGCCACGGAUCUUGUUUUCCUGAUCGAUGGCUCCAAGAGCGUGAGGCCUGAGAACUUUGAGCUGGUGAAGAAGUUCAUCAACCAGAUUGUGGACUCUCUGGAUGUAUCAGACAGAAAUGCACACGUUGGUCUGGUCCAGUACUCUAGUUCGGUCAGGCAGGAAUUCCCGCUGGGGCGAUUCAAUAGUAAGAAGGAUAUUAAAACAGCAGUGAGGAAGAUGUCCUACAUGGAGAAAGGGACCAUGACAGGCCAAGCCUUGAAAUACCUGGUGGACAAUUCCUUUGCCAUCUCCAGCGGAGGAAGACCUGGAGUCCCUAAAGUGGCAAUUGUAUUUACAGAUGGACGGUCACAAGAUUACAUCAAUGAUGCAGCCAAGAAAGCCAAAGAACUAGGCUACAAGAUGUUUGCUGUAGGAGUUGGCAAUGCUGUCGAAGAUGAACUGAAAGAAAUCGCCUCUGAACCAGUGUCGGAGCAUUAUUUCUACACUGCUGAUUUCAAAACCAUCAACCACAUUGCAAAGAAACUACAGAGUAAAAUCUGUGUUGAAGAUCCAUGUGAAUGUGAAGCCAUUGUGAAGUUCCAGACAAGGGUGGAUAACCUCAUAAAGGCACUGACACAGAAGCAUAUCCUUUGACAACUACUUUCAACACAAGGUGUUAAU